CACUAACAAAUGUGAAGCUGUGGGCCAUUGACCGACAAUGUUUUCAGACGAUCAUGAUGAGGACAGGCCUCAUCAAGCACACAGAGUAUAUGGAGUUUCUCAAAAGUGUUCCCACAUUCCAUGGACUCCAGGAAGACAUUUUAAGCAAGCUUGCUGAUGUCCUAGAGGAGACACAUUAUGAAGAUGGAGAAUACAUCAUCAGACAAGGGGCCAGAGGAGACACCUUCUUCAUUAUCAGCAAGGGGAAGGUUAAUGUGACCAGGGAAGAGUUACCUAAUGGAGAUCCUGUCUACCUCCGCAGCCUUGGAAAAGGUGAAUGGUUUGGAGAGAAGGCUCUGCAAGGGGAGGACAUCAGGACAGCCAGCGUCAUUGCAGCAGAAGCAGUCACUUGUCUUGUCAUUGAUCGAGAUUCAUUCAAGCACCUGAUUGGAGGUUUGGAAGAUGUUUCCAGUAAAAGCCACGAAGAUGCUGAUGCAAAAGCCAAGUAUGAGGCAGAGAAUGCGUUUUUCUUCAAUCUCAGCCUGGUUGACUUCAACAUCAUUGACACUCUUGGAGUUGGUGGCUUCGGCAGAGUUGAGCUGGUUCAACUGAAGAGCGAUGAGAGUAAAACAUUUGCCAUGAAGAUUCUGAAAAAGCGGCAUAUUGUUGACACAAGGCAGCAGGAGCACAUUCGUUCAGAGAAGCUCAUCAUGCAAGAGGCCCACUCUGACUUUAUUGUUAGACUCUAUAGAACCUUCAAAGACAGCAAGUACCUCUACAUGUUGAUGGAGGCCUGUUUGGGAGGAGAAUUAUGGACCAUUCUUCGAGAUAGAGGGUCUUUUGAAGACUCGACCACCAGGUUCUACACAGCUUGUGUUGUGGAAGCUUUUGCUUACCUGCAUUCCAAAGGCAUCAUCUACAGAGACCUGAAACCAGAGAACCUUAUACUUGAUCACAGGGGUUAUGCCAAACUGGUGGACUUUGGCUUUGCCAAAAAGAUUGGGUUUGGUAAGAAAACCUGGACCUUCUGUGGGACACCAGAGUACGUAGCACCAGAGAUCAUUCUGAACAAGGGCCAUGACAUCUCAGCUGACUACUGGUCUCUGGGAAUCCUCAUGUUUGAGCUCUUAACUGGCAGUCCUCCAUUCUCUGGUCCUGACCCGAUGAAAACCUACAAUAUCAUCCUGAGAGGAAUCGACAUGAUUGAAUUUCCAAAGAAAAUCACCAAAAACGCAGCCAACCUAAUCAAAAAGCUAUGCAGGGAUAAUCCAUCUGAAAGACUGGGAAACUUGAAAAAUGGUGUCAAAGACAUUCAGAAGCACAAAUGGUUUGAGGGCUUUAAUUGGGAGGGUUUGAAGAAGGGAACAUUAACACCUCCAAUUGUUCCAAAUGUUACAUCAGCAGUUGACACAAGUAACUUUGAUAGCUUCCCAGAGGACAAUGAGGACCCACCUCCAGACGACAACUCCGGCUGGGACGUAGACUUU